AUGGAAGAGCUGCAGCACACCGCGAAGGCCUACUACGACGCGGCUGCAGAGAACGCGAAGCAAGUAGCGCGGGACUUCGUCGCCGAGAUGGACCACGACCGGGACGGCGUCGUGUGCCUCCCGGAGUUUCUACGCUUUGCGAAGGUGAAGGGCUACGUGAGGAUGAGCAACCCUCACUUCUUCCGGCAGCUGAACACGAGCUGCACCGGGAAGCUCAGCUUCGACGAGGCCAUCACGUUCUUCUACAUCGUCACGAGCGCCAGGCCCCUGUGCGACGGGUGCGGGCACCUCGUGUUGGGGAUAUUCUUCACGUGCGUGAAGUGCUUCGACGACGCCGACGAAUCGGGGACGUUCAAUCUCUGUACCGGUUGCUUCUCCCGCAGCAAGUACGUGCACUCGCAUGAACACUUCUUGGACAACGUCGUGUUGCUCCACGCCAAGAGGAGAGAACUGAAACAAGAAAGAAACAAGGGCUUUUGCUUGGCUGCCAUUGAGGUCGCCUGUCGGUUGGCCACCAGAUUCUGCACCAUAAUGUGA